UCCACCCGGAUGACGAUGCGAAUGGCUAGCUCGCUCACCCACGCUCGCCCUUUUAUCAGCUCCCCCACCGUCUAUUCUUCCCGGUUAGUCCCGCACCCGCCGGACCUCGUCAAGUGGAUCAGGAGAGAAGGAGGGUUCGUCCACCCGUCGCUGAGGAUAGCAAACUUAGAGGAAAAUGGGCUCGGGCUGGUUGUUUCUGAAGAUAUACCCAAGGGCUCUGGCCUAAUUUCCCUCCCAGAGAACCUCCCGCUUCAGUUUGGACCGGUGGAAUCUGAUACUACGAUUGCCAAACUGGCUCAACAAAUCCCUGGAUUUUGAGUUUUGAAUAUAAGUAAAGCAUUUGGCAGAGGAGCUAUGGGCUAUGAAAUUGGGUUUGAAACUCCUGCAAGAAAGAGCUAGAAAAGGGUCCUUUUGGUGGCCAUACAUCUCUAAUCUUCCAGAGACCUAUGGUGUGCCUAUAUUCUUUCCUGGAGAAGAUAUAAAGAACUUGCAGUAUGCCCCUCUUCUUUAUCAGGUAAACAAGAGAUGUCGGUUUCUUCUAGAAUUCGAGAGAAUUGUAAAACAAGAGCUUGGUCAUGUAAAGCAAGACAAUCACCCUUUUGAAGACCAACAUGUGGAUUCAUCAGCACUUGGAUGGGCUAUGUCAGCUGUUUCAUCUCGUGCCUUCCGUUUGUAUGGUGGAAAAUGUCUCGAUGGGACCCAUAAAGAUGUUCCGAUGAUGCUCCCAUUAAUUGACAUGUGUAACCACAGCUUCAGUCCAAAUGCUGAAAUUGUACAGGAACAUGAAGCAGGUGAUGGAAAAAUGCUUGUAAAGGUGAUUGCUGCAGAAAACAUAAAACAAGGUGAUGAGUUAGAACUUAACUAUGGCUGUCUGAAUAAUGAUCUUUUUCUUCUUGAUUAUGGAUUUGUGAUACCCUCAAAUCCCUAUGACUGCAUUGAGCUUAAGUAUGAUGCGGCUCUUCUUGAUGCUGCAAGCAUGGCUGCUGGAGUUCAUUCCCCAAACUUCUCUUCACCAACCCCUUGGCAGCGAGAGAUUUUGUCCGACCUAAAUCUUGAUGGCGAAAAUUCCGAUCUGAAGUUUAGGCUUGGGGGUCCUGAACUCGUUGAGGGACGUAUGUUGGCUGCAUUAAGAGCAUUGCUAUCAAACGACAUGGAGUCGGUUCAAAAUCACAGUAUGGAUACACUCAAGUCACUGUCAGCCGAAUCACCCCUUGGAACAUCAAUCGAAGUUGCGGCUCUUCGUACCAUUGUGGCCUUGUGUGUGAUUGCUCUCGAACACUUUCCUACUAAAAUCAUGGAGGAUGAGUCGUUAUUGAAACAAGACAUCUCCGCAACUACUGAUUUGGCUAUCCGGUUUAGGAUGCAGAAGAAGUUUGUGAUAAUAGAUGUAAUGCGGGAUCUUGCAAGGAGAAUGAAGUUGCUCCUCUCAAAAGAACCUGCAUCUGCUCAAAACUAGAAUUCUGGCACAUUUAGGCAUUUAGCCUUCCUGGGGGCAUAUUAUUGGAAGGCUUGCAGCGAAAUGGCAGAGGAUCGGUUCCUCCUACUGCAGUCGACCUCUUGUGCAUUACAGUGAUGAUGACUAGAAAUUUGGGACCCAUCGCGUUAGAUCUGAUCGAUUCACUUCUUUCCCUACUGUUUACCGUUUCAACUUGAUCCUUUAAUGUGUUCAUAUGUUUACUUUUGAGCGCCUCAUGGAAUAAUCAUGGCUGCUCUUAAAUUAAGUUUGCAUAAUGGUGAAGAUAAUACAUUUCUACUUCUUAAAAAAAACAAUUAAUACAUUGCUACUU